CAUGCUUUUUUUGUUAGUAUUUUGUUUAUAGCUUUCUGCUUGAAUGGAGGGGCCUUAAAAAUUCUCUCUGCUUUGGGUUUCCUGCUUUUUCUACAGUUACAGAACUCGCUCAAUCUUCAUCUUCUUUGGAGUUUUAUUGUCACUGCACACAGCGCGAAGGAUCUUCAGGAAUUGCUUGAGCUAUUUAUUUACAGUGCCGAACCAUUUUCCCAGUGAUUUUUACUGCAUUGUACGUUCCAAACUUAAUGUCGCCACUGCACUCAGAGGUUGAGGGGAAAAUUCAGUGUAAUGGUUCUUUCAUGGCUUCUACGGAAUCUGCAGACUCUAUUCACCAGAAUGCAUCAGGUUUGAAAGAACGGAAUUACUUGGGAUUGUCUGGCUCUUCAUCAGUGGAGAGCAGCGUAGUCUCAAAUGUGUCUGAGAAGAGCACAAACAAUCUGAAUCUGAAUGCCACAGAAUUGAGGCUUGGUCUUCCCGGAUCUCAAUCGCCAGAACGUGAUCUCGACUUCACCCUGCCAAGCCCGGGAAAGCUCGAUGAAAAACAAUUGUUCCCUUUGAUUCCUUUGAAGGAUGGAAUCAACUCACUGCCACAAAAGACAAUUGUUUCUGGGAACAAAAGAGGCUUUGCACACACUGUCGAUGGAUUUUCCGAACCCAAAAACACUUUUUGUGAAGGAAAUUGGAUGUUUAACACUGCAGGAUACGAUCCAGGACAAACAAAGCUACCUACUAAUGCUGGAAUCAAUGUAAUGCUUUCCAAGCCAUCUACUAAGACUGAAAUGCCUACAAAGAUAACUGAGAAAUGCAAUAACAAGAACAAUUCCAACACCAGUAGUGCACCUGCUGCAAAGGCACAAGUUGUCGGUUGGCCUCCUAUCAGAUCUUUCCGCAAGAACACUCUGGCAACAACUUCAAAGAACAAUGAUGAAGUUGAUGGUAAACCAGGUCCUGGUGCUCUUUUUGUCAAGGUUAGUAUGGACGGUGCUCCAUAUCUGAGGAAGGUGGAUCUGAGGAUGUACUCUACCUAUCAAGAACUCUCAUCUGCUCUAGAGAAAAUGUUCAGCUGUUUUACAUUGGGACAAUGUGGGCCCCAGGGUGCUCCGAGUAGGGAAGUGCUGAGUGAGACUAAGUUGAAGGAUCUGCUCAGUGGAUCUGAGUAUGUGUUGACAUAUGAAGAUAAGGAUGGCGAUUGGAUGCUUGUUGGGGAUGUCCCGUGGGAGAUGUUCACUGCCACAUGCAAGAGGCUCAAAAUUAUGAAAGGCUCAGAUGCUAUUGGAUUAGCUCCCAGGGGAAUGGAGAAAGCUAAGAACAGUAACUAGCUUUAGCCUUUCAGGUGAAUUGCUAUCUGUUCAUGAUGUUGGGAGUGGAAAGACUUGUGAUAUCAUCGAGCAAAAACUACGUCGGGAGUGCCUUAUGGUUUUUUUUUUUUUUUUUUCUGUUCUCAGAGUGCAAAAAUGCCUACUUUGUGUUCAUUUUAUAUUUAUAUCAUAUUCUAUGAUGGGUUUGCAAAGUCUUAUGAAUUAGUGUGAUUGAAUACUUACUGGAUAUAUGCUUUGUGUAUUGCUGUAUUGAUUACCCUGCUAUUGUGUCA